AGCCGCUGUGGACGGUGAUCUUUCUCUAGGCUGACUCAGCCCUUUCAUGCAGAAAAACGUUGAUUUGAAACCUGCAAAGUUUCAUUAAAGGCCUUCUGACCAUUUUGGCUGAACUUUCAGCGCCAUCGUUACUCACUGAUGGUCUUUCAUUGGCUGAGGGGCCUGUCACUCAGAGUGGAUGACCCUCCCCUUCUGCAGAAUCAUCUGAUAGACUGCAGUCAGAAAGACAACACUCCCACUACUCAGCAGCACAAGAAGGAAUAAAUCUGCAAAGAUGAUGAAAGGGAUGAUCGUUAAAAAUAUGUCCUUCAAAGUUGGACAAACUCUGACUGUCGUUGGAGUAGCUAAACCCGACGCAACCAAUUUUGCUUUAAAUAUCGGCCCCAACGAGCAGGACAUCGCCUUUCAUCUCAACCCUCGCUUCAACGCCCACGGAGAUGAAAACACAGUUGUCUGCAACUCGUAUGAAGGAGGCUGCUGGGGUGAGGAAGUCAGAGAUGGAGGCUUUCCUUUCCAACAAGGGCAGGAGUUCAAGAUCAGGAUUGAAUUCCGAUCUACUGAGUUUGUGGUGACCUUAUCAGAUGGAUCCACGAUCUUCUUCCCCAACCGCAUGGGUGCAGAGAAAUACUCAGCCCUCAGCUUUGAAGACGAAGCUCGCAUCACGAGCAUUGAGAUCAAAUAAAUCUGCAACUUCUUCUGGAUUCAAAUCUUUUGUUGGUCCCUUUUUUUUUUCCACUUUUUGCCUCCAAACCUCCAGAGUUGGUCCCAAAUGGCUGCUGCACGUCAUAUUGUGCUGCAUUUAUGGUUCUAACAAAUUCCGAAAUUACAGAUGAUCAGUCUGUACUGCUUGCAUUUACAAGCUGUCUAAAGACUUAACAAAUUUGUUGACAUAAGAACAUGUUAAACAUCAAGAUGUUUCAUUGUUACCUUUGACAGGCAAACCAUAGUCAUCAGAUUUGUUGAGGUGCCUUCCAAAUCUCUUUACAUUUUUCAUCUUUUCUUUGACAUUCCAUCUUUGUGAUGAAAUAUUUUGAUUUCAUGAACCAUUACUCAUUAAAGCAAUUUUUUCACCAAG